CUUCAUUAUUUUCUGUCUCUUCACUCGUUUUUUGUCUUUUUGGCUCUUUUGAUAUCACACAUCACACAAAAUGGCCGACGCAGUAGAAGAUGCCGGCUCCGUUUCCGAGCCCAUGGACCUCGUCCGCCUUUUGCUUGAUGAGGUUGUCUGCGUCAAGCUGAGAGGUGAUAGGGAGCUCAAGGGCCGUCUGCACGCCUACGACUCCCAUUGCAACCUUGUCCUCGGGGAAGUCGAAGAGACCAUUUACGUCGUGGAUGAUGAAGAUACCGAGGAGGAUGACCUGAAGGCCGUGUAUGUGGAGCGACCAGUUGACGAGCACGAUUUCCGCCACCGCUACGGCAUCAAGCCCUUCUCCGGUGGCCCGCUUGGCCAGGACCGGUUGCCCGUCGGCAGGUGGAACUUAUCGCACGUGGCGGAUGAGGCGCAGUUUUGGGAGGGGGUAGAUAGGGAAGAGGAGGGGCAUUCGGAAGGGAAAGGAAAGGGAACGGCAACGACGGAGGGUUCUGGACAGUCAGCAGCCGAAGGUGGUGGCUUCCUCCAGGUCAAGAGGGGCGGCGCUUACAAAGGAAACCGGUAACCAUGCUUCGGGAGGAGGAUAAGAGAGGAAAACGAGGAGAGAGGUUGGCUUUAAAUGUGACUAUCACCGUCAUCACAUCAUGUUCGUCGUUUGUCGUUGGAGCCGAAAGAUAGAUCACGGCACAGAUAUACCAUUGUUAUUCCCGGCCAUGGAGCAUUGAUAGCCAGGCAAUCUGCUUCCUUUUGAGGAGGCUGAAAAGGAUCGCUCGUACAAAGAAUACAGUACGCUG